GCCAACGAUAACGUGUAAUAACUUCGCAGAAAUUAAAGCAAGUUUGCGAUAUCAUAAAUUCGCUUUGCUCUGCGACUUCCACGUAAGCGUGUACAUUCUUGUCGUGCUCCGCGCUAUCUUCAUCGUUCACCGUUGUCGCAACAAUGACCGAAACCGAGUACGAGAGCGUCGUGCUGGUGAAACAGGAGGUGUUUGUAUACAAAAUACCGCCACGGCAAAGCAAUCGAAGCUACCGGGCUGCCGAUUGGAACCUUGCCGAACCGAUCUGGACCGGACGCCUGCGGAUGGUGUCCAAAGGACGUGCACUGUGCGUUAAACUCGAGGACAAAAACAGCGGAACGUUAUUCGCCAACUGCCCGAUAGAGAGCUACCCGGGCGUUGCCAUAGAGGCAGUGUCGGAUAGCUCACGCUAUUUCGUGCUGCGAAUACAGGACGACAACGGACGAACCGCGUUUAUUGGCCUUGGAUUCGGCGAUCGCUCUGAUUCCUUCGAUUUGAACGUAGCUUUGCAGGAUCACUUCAAGUGGGUGAAAAAUGAGGAAAAAAUUGAAAAGGAAAAGGUCGAACCAAAGCAACAGCUGGAUCUCGGUUUCAAAGAAGGUGAAACAAUCAAGAUAAAUAUGAAAAUAACGAAAAAGGACGGUUCCGAAGCAUCGUCACGACUUAACAAUAAAAAAACGGGGUCCGGCGGAUUGCUGCCACCACCACCUGGGGGAAAUAAGGUCAGCUCACCUUCGCAUCAGCCAACGACCUCAGUAACUGGCACUGGCCAGACGGAAUGGGGCGAGUUUACUUCGGCAGGUGUACCAGGCGCGACUGCUGAGCCUUCGACCACGGCAACCACACCUAGUAAAGCGAAUUCAAACUGGGUACAAUUUUAAUUGGCACCAGAAUAUAACUUAGUUGCCUAAGAAAUAACUGUGUAAGGUACUCGCAGCAAAAGGACAGGAAACACAACCAAUUUGAUUAUCAAUUCGUAGCCGAGUGUUUAGCUGUAAACCGAUAGAAGCACUUACGUGAUUCUUUUGUUCUCAGUUACACAAACCCACUAUCUAUGUUGUUUUUUUUUUCUUCCAAAACAAGCACAAGAGACUUUGACAUUUACAUUGCAACGAUGGAACGACCAAACAUCUCGUAAUCUUCAUCUCGACGUAUGAAGAUGUAGUAUAUGUCCUAAUGAAUGUAAUGGCAAAGCUCUAACUCAUUCGAAACUUUUGUGUCUCGAACUCACUGUAGAAGGGUAUGGUGCUAAUGUAAUUUUACUUGGCUUACAGAGGGCAGGAGUCGAAUGUAACGUUGGAUCUGCAACAAAAGAUAAUCAUAAAACUAUUCAACAGCAAUAUGGGCUAUACAAUAGAACGCUACUGCAAAACGUUGCAUACAGUGGCUGAAGUAUAUAGUUUUCUUCGAGUUAAACUUUGUUUUCCAAUAUUACCAAUAAUUUAACUACAAAGAACGAGUGUUCUUAAAUGUCAUUUUGGUGUCUCACAACGUUUCAUCAAUUUAACAACUGAAAACAAGAUACCACUGAGCAGCAAGAUAAGCUGAUGAUGAAAAUAUUCAUGGUGAUGGAAGCCUUACCUGAGGUCCUUCAAGCAUAUCUGCAAAAAAUUAAAGCUCAUACAUAGCGUCGGUAAGCGAAAGUCGAUCCAAAUCGCUCGGCGAUGUAUAACUAGGUGUUGGGAUAGGUGUGUGCGAGAAGCUAAACAGAAGCGACAAUUGUUUCCGAAAUAUUAGGGAUAAGUCCUAAAACCGCAAUGUUAUUUGUUACACCGAAUACGUGAAGAUGUUACAUGCUAAGUACGACAUGCUUGCUGGUAUGUCACCCCUAAGGAACUAAAGCUGGAAACAGUAAUUCCGAAAGGUAUAGGACGAAGAACCAAGGCAUAUGGUUUAGUGGGCAGGCCCCCUUGGGUGAGAGCCCCUCACUGCAGGAUGUAUUGUGGGAGUACACCAACUAUUCCCUCAUCUUGGAAAAACUUUUCAAAAUAAGUAUGAUUGAUAAUAUAAAUUCGCUACGCGGGUAGCAUUGGUACGAAUCAAUGUAUAUAUACAGACUAUUGCACUGGAUGGUUGAAUUUCAAGCAAUUGUUUAUAGAUUCAUAGAGUCUGCAUUUGUAUUUUUCGCCCAUUGCUUUAGUUUCGGAAUAUUGACAACAAAAAUUAUAGCUCAGUUUUCAGUUGCAUGCAUGUUCUUUGAGAAAAUUUCCUCCAUCUGAGGCAAUUAAAAAAGCAAAGUAACAACUAUUACUUUAAUUUUACGUCAAUAAUAAUGAAUAGAGUUGAAUCUAGAAUUACUACGUUAUGAAGAAGAAAAACAUCAUCUAAGUUUACAAUGUUAUGGUGUUCAAUGUUCCUUUAUCGGUUUGUAGUAUGAAAAAGCAUCAAUCUCAGAAAAAUGUAAACUUUGAAGCAAAAUCCUUCGAAACCAUUACUGCACAUGUAUAAGCAUCGUGUCGCUUCCUAUUGUUGAAUCAGCCAGACACUCACAUGAGUCUGGUUCGAUUUUCCAAUCUUGGAAGAAAUAUGAAAUUAAAGUAACAUGUCUCUACGCUAUUGUUUCUCUAUUUGCUUUGUACUUUUUAUUUUUAGUUAAUCCUUUUAUUUUAAAAGAGAAUUUUUUUCCCAAAACCAAGAAAAAUAAAACCAGUCGUGCAUUCUGUCACAAUAUACACCGGCAAAAGUAUCUAAAUGCGUAUCUUAAUGUAUUCUAAUGUUGUAUGUAAAGACAUAUGUAUAUCACGCAGUUACAUGUAAUGCAUAUAAGACAAAACAUGACGGCAUGUGCGGUUCAAAACGAGAAAAGUAGACAUAUUUAAGCGAAAAUACGAUACGAUAAAUACGAUCAAUAGAAAGGAGGAAAAACACCAGGAGAUGUCACAAAAACUAAUAGAGUGCAUGAGAGAGAAGCAGCAAAAAAGGUGAACUACGAAAGUUGUAGAAACUUCCAAACACAUUUGAAAGAAUUUUGCAUACGAAUAAGUUUUAUUUGAAAUACAUAACUGAAUUUAUGUAUUGUGCUGUAAAUUGAUCUUGGUUGCAAAAUCAGAACACCUUAAA